UGCGUCCGUUUUCGUUUUCGGAGUCAGUGCCAAUGGAUGUAAAUGUCAAAAAAUAUUUAAAGAAUACUAUGUAAUGGGAAUUAUUUUAAAUAACAAAACACUGUGAUAUUAUUUAUUGAGAGAUCAGCUGACAAUAAUCGAACAGACAGAACAUGGAGGAAAGUCGGAAAAACAUGAGUGCAAAUGAAAAUUUAGGUUUAACUACGUCAGCUGCUCUCCAAAUUUUGAAACGUGAUAUUAAACGAGUAUUAGAUGAAUUUGAAGAAGAAUGCAGAAAAAAUAAGAAAAGUAGGGCUUGGUUAAAUGAUGCCUUACAUCAUCGAAGUCAAUAUACAACCCUCUGUUGGACUUCAGCUUUAGCACUUUUAAUUAAUGCUAUUUCCCUCAUAGCUGUUUUUUUCACUGUUGAGGAAGCUGCAAGAUAUUCAACAUUAUUAUACGAAGGACUGAUCAUCUUAUGUCUAGUCGUUUUUAAUUUUAUUUUAGUAGCCUCGGAUAAUAAAUUACGACAUAAAGAAAUUCCACAUAGAGUUCGAAUUCUUAUUGAACAAUUAGAAGCUGCUAGUUAUUUGUGCCAUUGGAAUGCGGAAAAUUAUCCACAUUUAUGUAGUCCUCUUUCACCUUGUAUUACCUUGCAAUGGACCUAUCGUGAAGGUCAAAUAGUUAAUUUACCAUGGGCUCUACUUGUUGCUGGCGACAUUAUAGUGAUUAAACCAGGACAGCAAGUACCUGGAUAUUGCGUGCCAAUUGAUGAUCCAGAAGCUCCUAUUUUGCACGCAAAAGAAAUUUAUAGUCCACCUGUUCAUGGUUCAAAUGAAGUUUUUUCGACACCUCAAGCAAGAAUUCCUUUAAAAAACAAAAAUUACAAACUUAAAGAGACUCCAUAUUUGACAAAUUUAAGAUUAGCUCUUGAACAAGCAUUGGAUCGUCCUGUAACAUAUCAUAAUCGUGAACGUCAUCUUGUUAUGAUAUGUUGUAUUGAACAACUCUUGUAUCCAAUUCUCCUGAUUAUUGUCCUUUUAGUUAAUUUACUUCGUUAUCUCUAUCUUUCUGAAUUUUUUGGUAUUGGUCCUUGGUAUGAAAUGUUUUUAUUUCAACCAAUUGCUGUUACUCUGCCACUCUUGCCUAUUAGUUUUCCUGUUUGGUGGAUUUUUCUAAAUUGUUUUGGAAUGGCAAGGUUCAAAGCAUUAUUCAAACUUUAUCAAUCUUCGAAAAGAACUCAGUUUCUAGAUCCAUUUGAGGAUGCAGAUAUUGCUGAUCCUUCUCAUCCUGAUGUUGUUUACAAUUGGUCGGAAUUAAAAGAAUAUUUUUUAGAUAUUCUUUUUGGAAGGGAACAUAUGAUGUCUAGAUCUGCUAGUAUUCUUCACGUUCUUGGUUCGGUGACGGCACUUUGCUGUAUUGAUAAAAAGGGAAUACUUUCUUGGCCAAAUCCAACAGCGGAAAAAGUCUUCUUCUUGAGAAAUGCUAACUCUGUCUCAAGAACCUCAAGUACAAUUAGUAUUGACAAAAUUACGGAGACUUCUCGACAAGGGGAUUCAUCAGUGAAACAGGAUACAAAUAAGAGUUCUUUUUCUCAAAAUGAUUCAUCACACACUGUGGCAGAAGUUUUAGAUUUGACACAUGAUCAUGCAUUGCCUUUUCGUUUACAAUUUGACGAUCAUUCAUGGCGACAAUAUUUAAAUUCCCUAAAACCUCUAGGCUUGGCAAUUCUAUUAAAUACAUGUAAUAUGGAUACACAAGAGCAUUAUACAAAAUUUUGUUCACAUGUCUCCUGCGAGGCAUUGCAUAGUGAAAAUCUUAUUCCAGUGACUAAUAGACGCUGCCAGGCACACAGUUUUGAGGAAAAAAGUGGGUAUGACGCAAAAAAUGAGGCAAAAAAGCAAGUCUAUUUAGCAGAUGAUUCAGGAAGCCCCAGACAGAUGUGGUGUCUUUGUGAAUUGGCCAAACAAAUUGGGUUUCAAGAUCAGGCUCAAGAAAUUUUUCAACUUCAACAACAAUUGUCGACUUUUAGACACGUUCAACCAGAAAUGGUGCGUCGGGAUAUUAAAUUUGCAAAGUCUUUGAGUAUUGCUACAAAAUUGAAAUUUCCAUUUCCACACAUGGUGGCGGUUGUUGUGAGGGAAAAAAGUGGAGGAGGUCUACAAUUAUUAACACAAGGCACUGCAGAUAUUAUUCUCGAUUCAUGUAUUGAAUUUUGGGACGGGCAAGAUUUGUGUCCUUUAUCAACUUCAGAUAGAAAAAAAGUCCAGGAUUUUUAUCAACGAACUAGUUUAACUUCUUACUGUAGUGCAUUUGCAUAUAGACCAUUGACAAAAUGUUUGAAUGGAAAAAUUUCGAAUAUCUAUUUGGAACUUCCUUCGGACAGUAAACAUCUUUAUACACCUUAUCGAAGUCCAACACCUUUAAUGUGGGAUUUUAAAAAUGUUUUCGAUCCAAGAGGGAAGGGAGUUUUAGGUCAAUUUCAUUCGACUGAUUCUUUGCUUUGUAAUGAGAGUAAAGAUGAAGAUGUUAAUCAUGUGGAUAGCUGUUUUGAACUCCAGUGCAAUCAGGUUUUUAUUGGAAUGGUUACCAUGCAGUAUCAAGCUCAAACAGAUAUGGUGCAAUUAAUUGAGCAAUUAGAAAGAGCUUGCAUAAGAUUUGUGCAUUUUAGUAAAGAAAAUGAAUUACGUUCUCGUGUUUUCUCCGAGAAAAUGGGAUUGGAAAGUGGUUGGAAUUGUCAUAUAUCACUUCUCAGCGAAAGAAAUAGGUCCGAGAGUCCAGUAGGAUGGUGGGUGAGCCAGGCAGCAGCCAUGUCCUCACCCACUCCUUCAACUAGAUCUCAUCAGUAUAAUCACUCCUGCAUGGAUGAGGCCAGCAACUUGCUUAAUCAUGUCGCCCCUCGCUCCAAUUUGGAUAAUAGUCGAAUUAUGAGUAUGUCAGCGCCAAGUGCAAUAAAUACAGAAUUCACCACUGUUAGAUUUGAUGAUGAUACAACAGAAUGGAAUAAUAUUGCAUCAAAUCAAACAAAAAGUGCAAUGAGUCACAGGGAACAAGAUACCGUGAGAAGUGAAGAUAGUGUUUUGGUUCAGAGCGUAGAUUUAGGAUCUGGUCAAGAAGCAUGGAGAUCAUUAAGUUGUCUAACUGAUAGUACGGAACAAAGUGCUCCAGUCAAUUUUGAUUUAUCAAAUCGGGCCAAAUUACCGCGAGGUAUAGAUAAAAUUAGGCCACACAUCGAAAUGAUAGACAAUGUUCCACUUUUGGUUUCUUUGUUUACUGAUUGUAAUACAAUUGUGACAACGGAAAUGUUACAUAUUAUGCAAGACUACGGCGAAGUAGUUUGCGUUCUCGGCUCUGCAGCGAAUGCAGAAAAUAUGCCAAUUUUUAUGCAAGCUGAUGCUGCAGUUGCCGUGGAGCCAUUGUAUCCUCAAGUGUGCCAAAGAGUUCCUGUUCUGAUAUCGACAAAAGAAGAACAAGGACCCUCACCAAUUGAUCUCAGUCGAAGUUUAAAUUCUAUCGCGUGUUCUCUAAGUGUAAGACGAGAAGAUCCAAUAGCAAUAUUUCACCUCGUUAUGGAGGCUCGACAUUAUAUGAAAUGUCUAUGGAACUGUGUACAAUUUUGGUUAGGCUGUGUAGUAACUCUUGCAGCAGUUCAAGCAAUAUCUGGUUUUUUACUCUUGCCACCUUUAUUUUCAAUAGGACAAGUUUUAUGGUUAACGUGUUUAAUUAUUCCACUUCUUUCAAUUUCUAUGGUAGCUACUCCAACAGACUCAACAAUAAUGCAACGAGCUACAGGAAAAAAUCAAUGUAUCAUAAAUGGACAGGUUACAUUGUUUGUUCUUUGGUGCUACGGUAGUAAAUUUUUACCCACGGUGAUAACUGUCAUUUUAUCACAAUAUAUUUCACUGAUGACUUUAUGCUUAUCAAAUGAAAUGGAACAUUCUAAAUGCUUCUACAUGUACCCUUUAUUAAAUGCUAGUGAAUCUUGGGGAGGAUGGAAUCAAUUAAAAUCAAGUAAUAUGAUUCUUAUUGUUCAACAUUUUGCUCUCACAAUUACAGUGUUACAUUUUGUUACAAUAUCUAUAAGUUUUGUUCAUCGAGAAUAUCCAAUUUGGAGGAAGCAACCCUUCAGUAAUUGGAUGUGGUUUUUAACUGUUUUUAUUGGUUUAUGUACUCAAGCUGGAUUCUCUGGAAUGAUAUUUUACGAUUUUUGGAUCCAAGAAGAAAGCCAAAGACUAGGAAAUUUAUUAACAAUUGUUCCUCUCGCUUUUUUAUCUACAGUACCUUUAGUAUUUCUCAUUAAUGAAUUCGCAAAGUGGCAGGAGAUCAAAGUAAAUGUGAGAUAUCAGAAACGAGCUCGUUUGGAAUUUGGUACCAAGCUUGGAAUGAAUUCUCCUUUUUGAUUCUUCUUGCAGUGAUUUGUAAAAAUAGAAGAAAAAAGAAAUAAGUAUUUUUAAUUAUACAUCAAAAUUACGUAUUUUUUAUACUAUAAGUGAAUCUCUUGAUAAAAUGGACAAAAUUUAUAAUCAACACAAAUAAUUCUUAGCACUUUGUUCUUUUUAUAUUAUAUAUUUAAUGAGAUACAGUAUUGAUAUUGUCCAUCUUUUUAAAUUUAUUUUUAUUCAAUGGAAAAAUUAAGAAGUUUAUGAUUAUUUUUUCUGAAAAAAUAUCUUUUUGGAAAAAUUAAAUUAAUGAUUUUUUCCAAAAGAUAGUUUACAUCACAAAAUAGUUUUAGUUAAGUUAAAGUUCUGAUCGUUUUAAUACAAUACUUGAAACGCACAAUUACUGCCAUAAUAAGUAGCAUUAAUAUUUAUUUGUUCACAUACUAGUUAUUAUUUAUUCAAUAUUUUGCCAAAGACUCGAUAACGCAUUUUCAUUGUGAAAAGUGUAAAAUUUUAUCAUCUUUAACAAAAAAAAAAAAAAAAAAGUAUUGAAAUUAUUGUUUAAAAUUAUAAAAAGAAAGUAUUUAUAUUUUUGUACAAUACAAUUUUACUGUGCAAAAUUUAAAUUUACAACAUUUAUUCAAUAUAGAAUAUUUGUGAAUAAUUAUCAAAAUUUUUGAAAAAUAAUUUUUAAAUACUAGACAAUUUAAAUAACAAAUUUAGAUAUAUUAAUGAUUUGUUUUCUUGCCAUAUUAUUUGCUUAAAAUAUUUUGUGGCGAUAAUUUUAGUUUAUCAGCGAAUCAUUGCUAAUAAUUAUAUUUUAAGAUUAUAAAUUUGUGUUCAUAGUAGUGAGAAAGUGUGCAAAUAAGAUUGUUCAAUUUAAUUUUAAUGAUGAAAAUAUAUUUUUAAAUUUUA